GCCAGUAGUUGCCAACGGUCGGGGUAGAAUAAUAAGUGGCUUAUCGAUAACGAGCGAUAAAUGAGAUAUGCUUAUCUCCACGUGAUAUGAAAGGUCCGUCUCAGCGAGAAAGAGGCAGGAAGGGAAAAGGAAAGGCAGGAAUUCGAGGCCACGUUCAGGGACAUUCGACCGAUUCGACCUUUCUUCUUCUCAUGGCCACCGCCGCGGAUAUGGGAAAAAAUCGGAAGCGGAAGCGUGAGGAGGGCGACGACUCCGGCGAUGAACCCCCUGUUCGAGCUAUGUCUCCGGGAAAGAAUGGAUUUGGGAUAGCCCAGACAUUGUCUCUGUUGCAGGCUGCGAGUACCUCUGCUGCGACCCCGAACGGGGUGGCCAACGGAAGCGAGCAACCGCAGCAGCCGCCAACCGGCGCCGUGAACAAAUCGAAGAAAAAGAAACGAGCCGAUGGAGAGAAGACCAAAUACCCAGUGUUGACGUAUGUGGAGGGUCGGCUGCAGUCGUCCAUCCGGAUUGCGGAUCUGCAGGGUCUCUUGCUAUAUUGCUUUGCAGAUGGGAUUGCUCCGCAAUGGAUAUCUGUCAAACACUCCGGCCACGUCCGCAAAGUCGUUGUCUUGAUGGUUCCAGGGCUCGAGAUCGGCAUGUUUGAUGGCACCAUUCCGUUGGGACCGCAACCGAGUCACAUGGAGCUAGAUGAUGGUCCUGAGGAGGCAAAGCCGGAGAAAACCAGUGGUGACGCGGUCGAGUCUGAGCAGAAAGAAGAGGAUGAUGACCGAAAAGCGGACUUCCUGCGCUGGAAACAGGGUCUUCCCCCGGAGGAUAAAUCCCAUCGCUUCAAUCCGAGAGCCUUGUCGCGCGAGAGCCUUCCUGAGCCGCUACAGCCUCUGGCAGAUGUGUUCCCCCAUAUCUGGCCGGUCAAGGCACCCGGUGAUACGAAAUACAACAAAGUUCAUUCUCCGCUUCAGGCGAUUCUACUGUCUUCGCUACCGAAAUCUAAGGAUACUGAUGCCCAUGGGAAAGGACCUCGACCGCCGAGAGUCGACAAGUCUCACACACCGAAGCGAACUCCCAUCACAGCUUUCAUUAGCUCCCAAGACGAUCUUCAGGACAACGACUACGUUCUGCACCCGGCAUUCUUUGCAACAGAACAGGAGAAGGAAAUGGCAAGAGAAGGCCGUAAACGUGCGGGCCAAUCUCUGGAGGAUGGCUGGCUGGAUACCAAUGUCCCCAGCCUAGAAUCCGGAACUGUUCCUGAAGAAGAGAUCCAACAAGGCAGCAUGACAGCGGGUCGUGACGUCUUAUCCUUGGAUUGCGAGAUGUGUAUCACGGAGGGUGGAAAAUCCGAGCUCACGCGUAUUAGCUUGGUCAGUUGGGACGGGGAGGUCGUUCUGGACGAACUCGUCAAGCCGCAUCUGCCAGUCAUCGAUUAUCUGACCCGCUUCUCUGGCAUCACCAAGGAGAAGCUUGACCCAGUCACGACUACUCUUGCCGACAUCCAAGAGAAGCUGCUCACGAUCCUUACUCCUCGCACAAUCCUUGUGGGCCAUUCCCUCAACUCAGACAUGACCGCGCUCAAACUCACUCAUCCAUUUAUUGUCGAUACCACCCUUAUCUAUCCACAUCCGCGUGGACCCCCUCUCAAAUGCAGCCUCAAAUGGCUUACUCAGAAGUAUCUGAGCAAGGAGAUUCAAAAAGGCCAAUCUGGCCACGAUUCCAUCGAAGAUGCCCGCGCCGUGCUUGAACUGGUCAAAUUGAAAUGUGAGAAGGGUGAACACUGGGGUACCGGUGAAGCCUCGAAUGAGAGUAUCUUCCGCCGUCUCGCUCGCUCGACGCGGGCCGGCAAGGCCUCUACGCCUGGCGAUGGCCGGACCGGCGCCGUGGUCGACUGGGGCAGUCCAGAGCGCGGAUUCGGAUCGCAGGCGACCGUUGCGAUCGGGUGCACCAACGAUGACGGCGUUGUGAAAGGCGUCGCUGCAGCCAUCAGUGGCGACGCCAGCAUCCCGACAAUCCCUGGCGGUGGUGUAGAUUUUACCUGGGCAAGACUCCGCGAACUGGAGGUCCUUCGGGGCUGGUGCAAACGUAUUCCAGACCCAAAUAGUGCAAACGAGUCCACGGCAUUGGUUCCUCCGCCUGAAGAAGCCACCCCGACCACCACCACCACCACCACCACCACUACUACAGAGAACGAACAGACACUCGCCACCGCGGUCUCAAAGACUGUCUCGCACAUCACCCGGAUCUACGACUCUCUGCCCGCCUGCACCUUGUUCAUCGUGUAUUCAGGUACUGGCGACCCGCGAGAGGUCAGCCGUCUGCAAGACAUGCACAAGCAGUACCGCGCAGAGUUCCAGGCGCGCAAGCCGUGGGAUGAACUCAGCGUGAAAUGGACUGAUACCGAAGAGCAGGCGUUGAAGAAGGCCUGUGAGAGAGCGAGAGAAGGGUGUGGAUUCAUGUGUGUAAAAUAGCAACCUUCUGACGACUUCAUAGGUUGCGAGAAUCAAGCGCGGUAAGCUAGUGUAUGUAUGUAGUUACCGAGUUUCAAGAAGAUGACAAGAUAUAUCCA